CCAUUCAUCAAGACACUGCAAUACAAUUUUUUUGGAACAAAUUGUUAACAAAACAACAAAACAGAUAUUAUGGCCCAUUUUACACCAAACAUGGGCAGUUUUCUGAUUUAAGCUGAAUAUUUUUUUAUUGCACACAUGGCAAGGAGCAGGGUCCAUGAGGGGCCCCUCGAAGUCAAACUGGCAGUCUGCGCCUUUGGGAGGGGAUGGUGGUGGGGUGGGGGGUGGGGGGCUGUGUAACUUGAGCCUGGAUGAAAACAGCGCGCUGUAUCCGGCUUCCAGUCCAGAUGCAGCUCGGGCUGACAUGAUGGAUCCCGUCCCGCUGCUGCUCCUCCUGCUCUCAUCGGUACCGGCGGGCUCGGCAGCCUACAGCGGGCCCCUCCAACCGGAGAUCUCCAACGGCACCUUCCACCACUUCUUCGUCCCGGACGGGGACUACGAGGAGACGGUGGACCCGGAGCAGUGCCAGAUGCUCUUCAGGUUCUCCGACGCGCUCCCGUGCGCGGCCUCCGGAGAGGAGGAGGGCAGCGACGCGGCGGUGCGCGACGACUUCAUCAUCACCAAACUGCAGGCGGAGGACGCGGCGCGGCUGCUGGAGAGCAUCGGGCGCACCGUGGCGCACGACCUGGAUGGAGAGGACAGCUACGGGAAGUUCCUCCUCAGGGAGGUCUCCCAGAUCGGCGAGGCCUUCUCCAGCGUGGACAAGUCCCUGGUGGAGCUGGAGGUGAAGUUUAAACAGAGCCAGGAGACCGAGCUGAGGGAGGAACAGCAGCUGAGCGGCUACGUGCUGAAGCAAGUGGGCGACAUCCGGGGCGCGCUGAGGGAGACCACCGACAUCUCCCAGGGUCUGAAGGACAAACAUGAACUGCUGUCUCUCAUCAUCCGCAGUCAUGGGACCAGACUGAGCCGCCUGAAGACUGAGUUUCUGACUGUGGACUCUUAGUGUGCCAUGUGUGUCUGUGUGUGUGAGUGUGUGAGUGAUAAAAGAGGACCCUCCAGUUCACAACUGGACAGUUUAUUGUGGCUCACAUGGAUAUUCCUCUGGUGGAAUUUGACCUUUUGGUUGUUUUCAUUCCUUGGAGAGAUAUGAACAAAAAUAUCAACACAUUCCUCUGUGUCGGAAAUGGAAGGGAAAAGCAGAAAUGUGAGAAUAAAUUAAAUGUGCAUGGAGUCUUAUUUGUGCCAGCAGAGGAAAUAUUCAAAAUAAAAGUCUGCAAAUUAAAUUUUAUGAUUUUGAAAUCAGCAGGAACUGCCUAUCUGUAUGAUCCGAUGUUGUUGUUUAAAUAAACACAUAUCUAUCUAUUACUUAACAUUAAAA